UCAAAUCCAUAAAGCAAACGAGUAGGGUGAACAAAGAAAACACAAAGAGAUUGAAACCAUCCAAAUCUGCUAACUUCUAAAGCGAUUGAAAAACACAAUCAAUCAUAAUUAAAGGCAAUAGCUACUAGCUAACCUCUUAAUCCGUUCCUCCUAUCGGUGAACAAAAACACUCGCAAACUGACCCGCCCGACCCAACACACCCGUAUGUAUCGCUAAUAUUAAGUUUAAGGUUGAGUUAGCGUCUUAUUUUGUACAACCAGCCUCUUUGGAGUUGGGUGCGAAUUUUGAGUUACACAACCCGUAGAACUCUGCCCAACCCGUGUUUCAACUGUUUUCAUAACUGUUCAUCCAAAACAUAUUUGUGACGUAUAUAAACAUGUUUAAGAGAAACUUAAGAUAUUUGUCAUAAUUUUUUAUCGUGGUCUCUCAUCUCCCUAACCGAAUACAUUAUUCGACUUAAAAUUUAGACGUGAUUUAAUAUAGGCUAUGCUUCACUUAAUAUUUUUGGUACAAUUUUAGAAGAAUAACAUACUAUAGAUGUGUUAGCUUAUAACGUUUUUAACUUUUUUCGACAAAUGUUUGUGGAAAAAACUAGACAUAUUUUGCAUCAAAUUGUAUUUCUUUAAAAUCAAAAUAACAUCCAUACAUUUUGAUACUUUUCACCUUAAUUUAUUUGUUUUAAUUUUAUUUAGUCACAUUAUAUUUUUGUGGUGUAACUAACAUAGUUGCAUUUUUUUGUCGGGUUGUAGUUUUACUUAAAAGCAUCGUCCAUAGUGAUUGUCACAGUGACAAUGAUUUGCAUCAUAUCGUGACAAAAUGUAGGUUUGAAUCGAUGUGAUUGGCGGCGAAUGGAUCUGAUGAUUUUAGCAGGCUUGAGAGGAAGGCGGGUCGGGGUAACGAGGCGGGACUGAGUGUCAAUAGAUAGAACUUCGCUUGGCUGUCGGAAGAAGCUGCUCGGAGUUUGAGGUUGCCGGAGAAAGAGGGUGGAGAGGAUGGGGAUGAGAUGGGAAGAAGAAAGGGUUCGCUAAAUUGGAUGAGUUUGAGAUCGCCAUCAACAAUUGAUUUGCUGAUGCAGAUUGGAGAAGAACGCCCAUAUGAGCAUAGAUGGAGCGAGGUCGCCACCCUCCUGCACUCGCCGUCGUCGAAGAUCUUAGCAGCUGCUAGCAGGAGAAAAAAGGAGAAAUGGAGAAGUCGACGACGACGCCGCCUGGAGAAAAAAGGAAGAACGAAGGUUGCUGGUCGUAGAGAGGAAGAUGAAGAAAGCAACCGAUUAGGGGUAAGGUUUUGAAAAAAUGAAACAAAAAUGAGGGAUUUGAAAAUAGUUGAUGGUAAUCAGCUAUUUUAAAAAUUCUCAUUUGAGGGUUUUCAAAAUUCCUAAUUAAUUGUAAAAACCUUCAUACUUUCCAAACGCAGAAAUGUACAAAAUUCUGCAUAAUGAGAGAUUGUGAUUAGGGCGAUACUUGGCUGCUGUCUGGGUUGCAGCCCAUGGCUGCCACCUAUUGACGUGGCACCAUAUCAUUGGUUCAAUGGAUAUUAUUAAACUUAUUUGGAUUAGGAAAGGACGGAAACCGGACGGAAACUAUUUCUUUUCUUGGACGGACGGAGAGCAGCCCAAACGGUGCUGCCUCUUUACAUUUUUUUAUUAUACUUUUUAUAAAUUUUUUAUUAAUUGAAAAGGAGAUAAUAAUAUUAAACACACAGAGUGCACUAGUACUUGUUUUCCAGCUUAACUAAUAUUGAGAGGAGUGAUAUAAUAUACUAGUACUUGUUUUCCAGCUUAACUAAUAUUGAGAGGAGUGAUAUAAUAUGCGGAGCAAGGUUGUCAAACCGGUUUAUACCGUUGUACCGGUUUGGCAAGUGGAAUGGUACGACCAGUGGUAUAACCUGUUUGUGCCGGUUCAUGCCGGUCUAAAAAAAUGUGAAAAUAAUUAAUAUUCAAUGUAUUUAAUCAUAUAUAAAAUAUAUUUGUGGACAAUUUAGUUAUAAUCCAACAAAUAUCAUCAACUUUUAACUAUUACAUUCAUAAAAUGAAUAAUAAGUCAUUAUUUUUAUUCAUUAAAUUCAUUAAAAUGAUGUCAUUUUCUUAGAAUGCGUAAGUCGAUCAUACCGAUCAUACCGGUGGUGUCAUGCCGGUUUCAUGACCGGCACAGGUUGAACCAGGUUCAACCGGGUGGCAUGCCACCGGCAUGACAACCAUGAUGCGGAGUGAAUCAUAUCUUAACAAUUGGUUGAUUUUAGGUGAUGAACAAUGAUCAAUUUCCAAAAUCAAUUAUUAGUUCAGUGGGAGAAAACUUGGAAUCUACACCCUUUGUAUAAGCAAUAUAUCAUUCUGUUACAAAUAUAAAUUCAAUUUUAUUAUUUAUUAAUUAAGAUGGAAAACAAGUACUAUUGCACCUCUGUGCAUAGUUAGUAAAAUACGGUACGAGAAAGUUAUGUAUAAAAUAUGUACGAGUACUUUACUCUGUCUCUAUGUUAAUGUUACGUUUAAUAGUAAGUUAAAAGUCAUAAAUAUAUAAAAUUAUUUAUUUUUAAAAUAAAUAAAUUUAUAAAUAAUAAUAAAGUUAAUAAUUUAAUUCAUUAAAUACGGAUAUUAAGC